AACCACUAGGGGAAUAGAGGAAGAACAAAAAAAAAACACCAUUUUCUUCCUUUGGUUUUUUCUUAAAAAAAUCUCUCUUUUCUUCUUUCUCUCAAUCAUGGCUAAAACUUCUAAGAUCUUCCUCUCAUUCCUCUUGAUAAAUUUAUCUUCAUUUGUCAACCUUUGUUUAUGCGACGGAACCAACAUGAGCGAUCUCGAUCAGCUUCUUCCUGGUUUAGGACAAUCUGCAGUUUUGCAAAAUGCACAAUGCAUGCAAAAACUGCUUCCAUGUCAACCAUAUUUGAAUUCUCCAAACAUUCCUCCACCAGCAUGUUGUACACCUUUGAAGGAAAUGGCAACAACUGGAUCUGAUUGUCUUUGCAGUGUUCUUAGCAAUCCUAAGCUUUUUGUGUCCCUUGAAGUUACUAAGGAACAAUUGUUGAAGCUUCCUAAGGCUUGUGGUGUUGAUGUUGAUGCCUCUAAGUGCAAUGCCACCACCACUGCAGCAGAAGGGACCACACCAGCAACAUCAGCAUCAUCAACAUCAACCUCAACAUCAGAAGAUGAAGCAGCAGCCGAAGAGGGUUCUGAAGCCACCACUAGCGCAACAAAAAUGAUUACUCCAUAUGGAAUCACUUAUUUUGGUGUAUCUGGCUUUGUUACAUUGUUGACUGCUCUAGUAUUUUCUGCAUACUAAGAAGAAAAAAAACAUGUCUUAUGUAUGAGUUUGUUCACUGUUAAAAUUUCUCUCUGUCAUGACUAAAAAAGGAGUUAAGAAUAUGAAUUUAGAACUUAUCAAAUAGUUGUGUAAAAAAAUAUCUAUCAAAUAGUGCAACAUGCAUUUUUAAUUUUUAAUGUUGCAGUGGUAGUGUGAUCCAAUGCCAUUAACUGAUGAUGGAUCAAAUACAAUUUUUAUUACUUCU